CUAUAUCCUAUAUCAAUGCGGCUACACUGGUGGCCGCGGUGUUUCUGCUCGGGAAUGGAACCUUAUAUUGUCUAGCUCUGUACGUUUUCUGAGAUUCGAUUCGUCGUGGAAGGCGAUUUUCUUCUCUCCAUCUCCGCUCCUUUCCUCUCACUCUCUUUCUCAACAUCUUAUUCCCACUCAGCACUGAUCUCACUUACAUGGAAUUUGGAAUCUCACAGUGGUUCGUUGAGAUUUCGGUCAUGGAGAACUUGAUAGGAAGCGGAGGAUCAAGAAAAAUGAUUGAGAGUUUUGUGCUGAUGGGGAGGGGCUACCAGUACGGGGCGACGGAAGCGGCGGCCGCGGUGCUAUCAAGAGACCCGAAGCCGCGGCUUAGGUGGACGCCGGACCUCCAUGAUCGUUUUGUCGACGCCGUUGCCAAGCUCGGCGGACCCGAUAAAGCGACACCGAAGUCGGUGUUGAGAGUCAUGGGCAUGAGGGGAUUGACACUUUAUCAUCUCAAGAGCCAUCUGCAGAAAUAUAGACUUGGAAGGCAAGCCCGCAAGGAAACAGGUCUUGAUGGUAUCAAAGAUGGUAAACCAAGUAAAGCAAGCUUCAACUCUUCUGCAAGUAGCAUUAUGUCUAUCGGGAACACCGGAGGAGAAAUUCAGCUAACCGAGGAACUAAGAUACCAAAUCGAGGUGCAAAGGAAACUCCAUGAACAACUCGAGGUUCAAAAGAAGCUCCAGUCAAGAAUUGAAGCUCAAGGGAAGUACUUGCAAGCUAUAUUAGAGAAGGCUCAGAAGUCCCUCUCCUUCAACAACAACAACAACAAUAACAACAUGGAAGCAGCCAGAGCUCAGCUCAAAGACUUCAACCAAGCUCUCUCAGGUUUAAUGGACAAUGUUAACCAGUUCUGUGUUGUUAAGGGUGCUGCAGAACUGGACAAAGUGGCUGCCAGUUUCAGCCUUAACAGCUCUCCGACAAAUUCGGCCUUUCGGCUUUAUCAGGAAGGAGAGGAGACUCAGAAUCUGAGGUUUUCUUCGCAUAGAGGUGAGAUUUCAAUCUGAUGACCUAGAACAAACCAUCAGCCUAAGAAAGCAAGGAGUCAGAAACACAAGUGAACUUGCUCACAUUGUUAUGCCAAGUAAACUUAGUCAUUAUAAAUUUGAAUUGAUGAUUGAAUUGGACAUAAAUCCAAUUGGUCUUAGCAUCAAAUUAAAUUUUGAUUACACUUAAUUGUAAGUCCAAUGAAACCCUUUAAUCAUUGGGUCAGACCGGCCUAACCCAAAUGAUUAAAUAAGCUUGAAUUAAGAAUUCAGAAAAUUGCUUAGCUUGUUUAGAAGGCCUAUCCAAAUUUUAAAAG